AAUUGGUCUGUACACAAUCAACAUUCCUGAAAAUUUUCAGGUGCUCACGGUUUUCUGAGUUUGUCAGUAAUGUUAUUUACUUUCCCCUUCACAUUUUAUACUUCGAGUGCGCUCAUAGACGGAGCGGAGCUUCAAUGUUCGCGGGAAAAUGUUCUCUACAAUGUAGCUAAAAAUAAACCGGUCCGUGUCAUAUGCUUUGUAUGGGAGUUGCUUGCUAUGGCUUAUGGUCUCCCGAUCUCACAUUUUUUGGCUCGACACCUGUGACAGCUCUAGACUUUCAUAAGGUGGCUCGAUACAGUUUUUCAGGGCCAAUACCUCCCAGGUUUGAGCAUAAACUAAGUCGCCAUAAACAAAGUUUUGAAAAAUUGCCACCACAGUUGUAUUAGAUGAAGAUGAAAAUUUGUUAUGGUCAGUGUUGUAAUGGCAUCGGAGUUGUCAUAGCAACGAAAUGACGCUAUUGCCUAUUUUACUUGCAGCAGUAUAUCUCGGCACUGGGAACUGUUCUUCGAAAAUCAUUCACGGGAGCUUUUUCCUCCAAUAGCAGCCUCGAUGUUCGUGAAGUUUCGGCGAAAUCUGUAAGAGCGUUAUCGAGAUAUUUUGGGAUAAAGAUUUUGUUGUUAGAAAUACUGUAAAAAAUGGACAAUCUUGGUGUUCGGCUGUUAUCUGUAGAAAACGAAGCGCUUUUGACAUGAAAAUUCACCUCACAGUAGUUUCAAUCUUUUUAAAAACGUGUGUGAAAGAUCAAGGAGAUAGCUCCAGCCGUUUGCUACAAAGAAGGAUUUGAUUAGUAUGUAUCGAAGCGCUCUUGUUAGCGGUUUUUUAAACAUUUUUGUCUACUUUAACAAAUUAGCGAAUAAUUUCUAAACCGCUUGAUAGAUUUUUUUAAAAAUUUAAGAUUCUUGAGAUUAACCUUUCUUUUAUAUGACCUUUUAGUUUCAAGAUUAUUGAUAUAUUGUAAGGCUGUAAAAUAAGGGCUACAAUUCGCUAAUAUUUUGGCAGAAAUUUUGUGUUUACAAGUGUGAGCCUCUCAUUAUUCAGGGUAUUGUGUCCAAGUUUCAUAUUUUCGUGCUCAACAAAAGCUGCCAUUUUUGCAUAUUUCAAAUGCAUUGUUACAGUGUUGUUAGUUACUGCUGUUCACGUGAAAAUGAAACUUGGAGACAAUGCCUUGAAUAAUUAGAGGCUUUCACUUGUAAUGACGAAACUUCCGAUAAAAAAGUAACGGAUUGUAGCCCUUAUUUCACUGCCUUACAACAUAUCAAUAAUCUUGAAACUAAAAGGUCAUAUAAAAGGAAGGUUAAUCUCAAGAAUAUUAAAUUUUUUAAAAAAUCUAUCGAGCGGUUUAAAAAUUAUUCGCUAAUUUGUUAAAGAAGACCAAAAUGUUUACAAAACCGCUAACAAGAGCGCUUCGGUACAUACUAAUCAAACCCUUCUUUCUAGCAAUCGGCUUGAGCUAUCUGCCAUGAUCUUUCACACACGCUUUUAAAAAGAUUGAAACUACUGUGAGGUGAAAUUGCGUGUCAAAAGCGCUUCAUUUUCUAGAGAUAACGGCCAAACAACAAUAUUGUCCAUUUUUUACUGUGUUUCUAACAAUAAAAACAUUAUCGCAAAAUAUCUCGAUAACGCUCUUACAGAUUUCCCUUAAACUUCACGAACAUCGAGGCUGCUAUUGGAGGAAAAAGCUCCCGUAAAUGAUUUUCGAAGAACAGUUCCCAGUGCCGAGAUAUACUGCUGCAAGAAAAAUAGGCAAUAGCGUCAUUUCGUUGCUAUGACAACUCCGAUGCCGUUGCAACACAGAUCAUAACAAAUUUUCAUCUUUAUCUAAUACAACUGUGGUGGCAAUUUUUCCAAAACUUUGUUUUUGGCGACGUAGUUUAUGCUCAAACUUGAGAGGUAUUGACCCUGAAAAACUGUAUCGAGCCACCUUAACGUCCGUUGUGUUGGGUCAUCGGGUGGCAAAAGGUCGACUUAUCAGCCUGCAUAGCAUGCGUCGAAAGGGGUAGGGGAUUGGGGAGAAAGGAAAAAGGGAGCAGGGGCGGAUCUAGGGGGAGGGUGCAGGGGGUGCCCACCCCCCUCCCCCCCAAGAUGACGUGCGGUUUUCUAAUACAACUGGUAUUCUGUAAAAAACUAUGUGGUUUAUUGGUGUUGAAGGAGAGCAAGAGACGAGUGCACCCCCUCCUAAAAAAAAUCCUGGAUCCGCCCCUGGGGAGGGGGAUUGUAUUCUCCCUCUCCCCCUCCCCCUUUUUGCAUCUGCCACGCAGGCUAUCGACUUGUGGGCAAGACUAGUCUAUGACAGCUGUAAUGGUGGUCUUUUUACAUGCUGCUAAAGAGAUUCCUCAUUCAUUUCCAAUUUAGCAGCAUGUAUUGCAGAGAAGUUUUCGACACUGACCAGAUAGCAGCCGCUCUGCAAACCUCAUAGUGCCAGGACUGAACUGUUCCGGACAAAUCAUUUCUUUGUGUUCGUGGCGUUUCAGUUGACAAGGGUUCCGAUCAGCCUAGUCCUUACGCGUUCUCGGCUCGGUCAAACCUGGACUCCACCGUGACCUGUGACGUCACUGAGAGAGAAUCGUCUACCCUUUCCCAGACUUCGCGAGGACAACGGGGCAAGAGAGAACGCAUAAGGACUAGGCUGGUUUCCAGGUAGUUAAAGCCAAAUUUAACUGACCAUAAAAUAGAAUAUAGAUUUAGCCAGGGCUAAAAGCGAAGCUCUCGAUAAUAUUUAUAGUUUGCUCAAACAAAAUAUAAAAUCAUGUUAUGCUAAGCGGCGAAGGCAACGAGAACGGUGAAAAAACAACAAUAGGUCUAAUUAGCAAAAAAACAACUUUGCACGUGCAGCACACUUUUUUUGUACAUUUCUUUGCCUUUGCUUUAAACGACCACAACGUGAAACUUCCAGAAACUUCCUAGUUACACGUUUAACACAGAGAAAAUGUCGUACUUGUUGUUGUUGACUUUUUUCACUCGCUCAUUUUCACCUUGGUGGCCGCUAGGAUUUCUUACUUUCUCACCGCCGCUAAAAAAUUUUCAUGUUGUUCUUCCAACAAAUAGCUCUUUAUCUUCCGCUCUAGCUCUCUGUCGCUCUUUUUCUCGUUGAGCUUCGCUGGCCUGUCGCCCACUUUGUUAUUUCUCUACAUUCCAAAUUUGUGGACAUGACAAUUAAUCUAAGCUUAAUACUUUAGACAACAAGGAUACAGAAACAAUUUCCGCUUUCCGUUUACGUCGUUAUUGACUCUUUAGUUGUCUCUGCUUCUCAAGGCGCAGGUGGCUAUGUGAUUUCCCCCCAAAAUAACCUCGAGUUGCAUUUGGGUUGCCAUGCCUGUUGGUUGAGUUAUUUUAACGGUCACGUGAUUACCAAAUUACCAAAUUUUCUUACCCAUGGUGCUCCGCUUCGCGCGCGUGGAGCUCCGCUACAACAAGAAAUUCCGCAGCAAUCGUUCGGAGUCUCAACCUUCUUGUAUCAUUGUAGUUUUCUGCAAUCACAUGGAGCAUGGAGAACAAAAUAAAUUUUACAAAUCUGGUGAUCUGUUUUGUUUGUUAUUCACGUUACUGGCUGCUAUAUUUUCAAGCUGUCGAUUUACAAAUCAACUAAACCGUGGAAAAUCAAGGGGCGUUUCCAGAAUCUUGGGGUUUCCGGGCAAGUGUUUCCUCUUUUCUUGUAACCAUCCCCCCUCGAUUUUUCAUUUCUUUUGCUCAUCAUAUUUAUAUUGUUAUUUUAGUCCUUCAACAAAUCGGUGUGAACAGACUACUACAGUUCCCUUCAAUGAUCAGCGGUCUCCUGGAGUUCAAAGUCUCGUCACAAAGGUUCGAGACGGACGUCUCAUAUCUAUGGUUGUUAUUGGGGGUUCUAACACAGCUGGAAGAAAUCGGAAGAAAAAUAAAGAGUUAUAUUCGAGUCGAUUCACUGAUUGGUGGAAUAAACACGUAUAUAAGUCAACUGGUUCUAGAUUAACGCUGAACAUCAUGGGUAUCGGUGGAAGUUCAAGUGAUCUUUUACUCUUUUGUUUGCAAAACUAUUUACCGAAAAAACAACCAGACAUUGUUUUGAUUGAGUUUGCUGUAAAUGAGUUUGGUAAAUGCGGCAAGGCAGCUCAACCAAUGGAGCUCCUUACUCGUAGACUUCUUUUAAUGGCAUCCAGGCCUUUGGUUAUGUAUGUUAACUUGGUAAAUCCAGGUAUUAUAAAAGGAAAGGUUACGAAUACUAAUUGUCAAAAUAUGGAAGAUCUUGGUCUCGAUGACUUAGCAAAGUACUAUGGGAUACCAUCUGUCAGUAUGAAAGAUUUUGUCUGUCCGCUGACCAGCUCAGGUAGACGAAAGUUCAAAGCUAAAAUGGACCUGUUUGCACCCGACGGGAUGCACGCGGGGCGCAAGUCACACAAAAAAAUAGCAUCUAUGAUCAUUGAAUAUUUUAGAAUUUUUUUGGCAACAAAAGACUGCGAUCGAUCGGUAAAAGGAAAAAGCAAUAAAAAAGACUCGCUUUCUUUCUUAAAGCCCUUAUUCAGCGACCCUUCAAUAAGUGAUAUUCAACUAGGCAAAGCCAUGUGUUGGACUCACUUAACUCCUAACUGGAAAAUUCCUUUAAAACAAUCACUGAAGGCUCGUGUGAUAGCAUCAUGUGGGUUUGCUUAUGUUUCGCCCUUAAUGUCAUUAAAAAAUAGAACUUUUGAUCGCUCUACAAGGCACAUGGACGGCUUCGGUGGCUGGGCUUGCCAGCCUGAAAAAGGAACAAAAAACCUCACAGUUCAAUUCAUUGUUCCGAAUACGAAUCCGCUGGUGCUUCCAUCCAUUUCUGUUGUAUUACGUUUGAAUUAUACAGCCACAAUGGUCAAAAUGUCGCUUGAUGAUGAGCAAAGAUCAUGUAUUGUUGUGAAAACCGAAACGCAGCGGAGAAAGUGGUUAAACACUCGUAUAUAUCCUUUAACAAGCCAGAUAACUCCAGGAAAGUAUACUCUCCGAAUUGAGUGUACAGCAAGGUGGAUGUUAGUAUGUGGAAUUGUGAUUGGAUAUCAUGGUUACCAUGGUUUUGAAGGAUAUAAACCAAUUGAUGAAAAAGUAAUUAACUGUAGUAACAAGGGUGGGGCUUAG